GAAAUUCUUGUAACAGAAUACCACAUUGCAACAUAGAUAAUUUUCAAAUUAAUAACUUUAGCAAAAACUAGUUGUUUUACUAAUUUUCAAUAAUUUACAAUUCAAUAAGUAUUUACUAAGGCCCUUCUAAGGCAAUGUAAAUCGUCGAAACUAACAUUGUGUGGUUGCCUCACGAGAAUCGUGUUUGGCUUUUUUCCACCUCACAACAUUUCACGAAGAUAGACAAACAUAUUGUGAUUGACUGUUUUUGGAGACUACAGAUAGAAAUGUUGGCGAUGCACGCUGAUAUCUGAAAUUGUUUUGCGUAGUCGCCUAACAACAAAAAUCGACGGUUUCCAAUGAUUUACGUUUCCUUGUCUACGAAAGGCCUCCUUAUAUUUUUGAUGUAUAAUUGAUAAAAAGCUUAAUAGUAGAAGGAAAGCUUACUUGGACAAAUCCAGAUAAAACAUGAAAUGCAGUAUCUCAAAUUCAAAUCUUAAUAGUUUACUAUUUGACCGAUGUCGAUGUCAAUACGAUAUGUUACCAGGUCAUAAAAUUAAAAAAAUUGAAACUAUUGUGAUGACAGUGACAAUGACACUAAUUAAAAUUGGCGGUUAACAUUUUUUUUUGUAAUGAUAUUUUAAGAAAUAAAUAAAUGUUUUAGUUAUAAAUUACAAUUAAUAACUUGAAGAUUAUUUAAAAUGAAGUUAGUGUGUCAAGUUGAAGUUGUUAACAGACAUCACUGUAAUGUAAAUAUAGGUUCAAACAAAAAAUACUCAAAAUCAACACUAGCAUUAGGAAAGGAACCAAAACGAGACAAAGACUUUUUUCUUAUUCACUUCUCUUCUGUAAAUAAAAGUGGUAACAAAUAUAAAAUUAAGAACAUCAAACAAGUGUUUGUUAAGUGUUUAAACGAAGGAAAAGCUACGUUAAGAUUUGAGGAGCCACCUCAUGAUUUGUGUAUCAAAAGUGAAGUAAUUCAGCUGAAAUGCUUUUUACGAUUAUUAAAGACGUGCAUAACUGGAGACAAAGAUGCCCAAUUGAGUAACUUAUCAAACUUAAGUGUGGUUUCGUCAGAUAUUGCACCUGUAAAAAUGACAAUACAAUCCAGAAGUGACAUACCUAUAAAAGGUUUCCCACGGACACUAGAAUACCUGUCCAUGACUGAUCUAAAACUAUGUAAUUUUCGAAGAGAUAUUUUACUUUUAAGUCACUUGUUGAUCUUAGAUUUAAGUAAUAAUGAAAUAGAAAAAUUGCCGUUAGAGUUUGGUAGAAUGAAAAAUCUAAGGGAGUUGUAUCUUUCGAAGAAUGCUCUAGGCAAAAAUGGUGAUAUGGACUGGAGAUGGCUUUUUGGUCCACAAAUAAUUAAGACAUUAAAGUUACUGGAUAUUAGUAAUAAUAAAAUAAAAUAUAUACCAAAAGCAAUUUGGAAAUUGGAAAAAUUAGUCACAUUGAAAAUAAAUGAUAAUGAAAUUGUUAAGGUACCAGCAACCAUUGGAAGAAUACAAACUUUAAGAUAUCUAGACAUAUCAAAGAAUCAACUGGAAACAUUGCCUUGUAGUUUAAUGCAAUGUCGCUUGGAACAUUUAGAUUUGUCAUCAAAUAACUUCCAUUUAGUUACUGAUGUAAGAAACCAAAAGAAUACAACAAGCAAUGGCUGGGAACUUUAUAUUUACAGCCUUACAAAUCUAGCUUCAAAGGCAGUUUUGAAAAAUAAACUAUUUUACGCACCUAACAUCAUACCUUGGACUUUGGCGGAAUUUCUUGAUAACGCUAAAAUGUGCGUCUGUGGAAAUCCUGUUGUUAAUAAUGAAUAUAUAAUCCGUGAGUUUGAUCCCAAGGAUUAUUUUAGAGUUGUUGUUUUUGAUUAUAAUAGAAGUGUGAAAUUUGAAUGUUACUUUUGUUCAUCUAAAUGUUACAUUAAAUAUUGUUAGGAUAAUGAAAACGCUUUUCUCUUAAUAUAAU